AUGUUUUUAAUAAGAAUUGUUAUUAAAAUAGUAAUAUCACUUGAAUUGAUUGACGUUCAAAGACAAAUUCAUCGUGGUCUUUCAAUUGAUGGUCGACGUUUUCAUUUAAAUAUUAUUAAAAUGCUUUCAUGUCUUAUUGCUGAAUAUAUUAUUCGAUUUGAUAAUGACCAAACAAAUAAAUCACCAGAUGUUGAUAUGCCUCCAUCGAAAAAAUACAAAAAAGCUAAAGCAUCGAAAACUAAUGGAAAAUCAAGUCUUUGUGAUAUUAUUCGAUCACAUAUUAAACCAUUAUGGGGUCCUUCAAUCAUUGAUGAACAAUUUGUUAAAUGUGUUACUAAACCAUGUUAUCAUUUAAUACGUCGAACAGAUAUCGCAAAGAAUCCAAUUAUAAAAGAAAAUCUUCCAUUAAUACUUACGAUUAUGAUUAAUAAAUUUGAACAUGCACGAGAAGCUUCUAUUCGAUUUAUUCAAGCAGUUAAACUUUAUGAUAGUAAUUCAAGUUUAUUGAUUGAUGUUCUCAAUUGCCUUUUAACUGAGUAUCAAGAUACAUCAUUUACUAUUGAAUUAUUAAGUUUUCAAUUUAUAUAG